AUGAGUUGUGUCGGUUGUGCCAUAAGCUCAUCACCACCAGUUAGAGAUCCUCUUAGCAGACUAGAGUAUUUGCUCCAAAAUCUGUUGGUCAAUUUCACUCAAAUUGUCACUGUUGUGGCACCUGAGGCAAGUCAAAGCACCCAAAUAAAUACAACAGAACUACCAGAUGUUAUAAAGGAAAAAAUAACAGAACUUACUGAUAAAGUCAUUGUCAUACUAAAGGCCAUAGAUGAAAACAUUGAUUUCAUACCGGAUUCCACAAUCCCUUUGGAUGAAAUAAGGAACUGUAUAUCAAAAUUACACCAGGAAAAUACUUCAGCGGCCAAAGAACUUUGCCAAUUGGAACACAUAUUUGACUUUGCCUACCGCAAGGCAAGGGACCUCUCCACCCAUGCAACAGACACCGACAAGGACGAUAGUAAUGAAUAA